UUCAUGGAGAGAUACAGUUGAAGUCGGAAGUUUACUUACACCUCAGCCAAAAACAUUUAAACUUAGUUUUUCACAAUUCCUGACAUUUAAUCCUAGUAAAAAUUCCCUGUUUAAGGUCAGUUAGGAUAACCACUUUUAUUUUAAGAAUGUGAAUUGUCAGAAUAAUAGUAGGUAGAAUAAUAGUAGAGAGAAUUAUUUCAGCUUUUAUUUCUUUCAUCACAUUCCCAGUGGGUCAGAAGUUUACAUACACUCAAUUAGUAUUUGGUAGCAUUGCCUUUAUAUUGUUUAAUUGGGUCAAACGUUUUGGGUAGCCUUCCACAAGCUUCCCACAAUAAGUUGGGUGAAUUUUGGCCCAUUCCUCCAGACAGAGCUGGUGUAACUGAGUCAGGUUUGUUGGCCUCCUUGCUCGCACACGCUUUUUCAGUUCUGCCCACAAAUGUUCUAUAGGAUUGAGGUCAGGGCUUUGUGAUUGCCACUCCAACACCUUGACUUUGUUGUCCUUAAGCCAUUUUGUCACAACUUUGGAAGUAUGUUUGGGGUCUUUGUCCAUUUGGAAGACCCAUUUGUGACCAAGCUUUAACGUCCUGACUGAUGUCUUGAGAUGUUGCUUCAAUAUAUCCACGUAAUUUUCCUUCCUCAUAAUGACUUCUAUUUUGUGAAGUGCACCAGUCCCUCCUGCAACAAAGCACCUCCACAACAUGAUGCUGCCACCCCCGUGCUUCACGGUUGGGAUGGUGUUCUUCGGUUUGCAAGCCUCCGCCUUUUUCCUCCAAACAUAACGAUGGUCAUUACAGCCAAACAGUUUUAUUUUUGUUUAAUCAGACCAGAGAAUCAUAAAACACGGGACGAGAUGUUAAAAACUGUCCAUUGUGCCAAUAGAUGGAAUGCACUCACAUGAGAUUUGCCGUGAUGUUGACAGAGUGGCAUGGGAGGUUUAUUUCUCAAUUUCUCCAAAAAGUACGAUCUUUGUCCCCAUGUGCUGUUGUAAACCGCAAUCUGGCUUUUUUAUGGCGGUUUUGGAGCAGCGGCUUCUUCCUUGCUGAGUGGCCUUUCAGGUUAUGUCGAUAUAGGACUCGUUUUACUGUGGAUAUAGAUACUUUUGUACCUGUUUCCUCCAGCAUCUUCACAAGGUCUUUUGCUGUUCUGGGAUUGAUUUUCACUUUUCGCACCAAAGUGCGUUCAUCUCUAGGAGACAGAACACAUCUCCUUCCUGAGCGGUGUGAUGGCUGCGUGGUCCCAUGGUGUUUAUACUUGCAUACUAUUGUUUGUACAGAUGAACGUGGUACCUUCAGGUGUUUGGAAAUUGCUCCCAAGGAUGAACCAGACUUGUGGAGGUCUACAAUAUUUUUCUACGGUCUUGGCUGAUUUCUUUUGAUUUUCCCAUGAUGUCAAGCAAAGAGGCACUGAGUUGGAAGGUCGAGAUCCUUCAUGGUGAGAUGUUGAAGGAGGUCCUUAAUGGAGAGAUGUUGAAGGAGGAGAUCCUUCAUGGUGAGAUGUUGGAGGAAGAGAUCCUUCAUGGUGAGAUGUUGGAGGAGGAGAUCCUUCAUGGUGAGAUGUUGAAGGAGGAGAUCCUUCAUGGUGAGAUGUUGGAGGAAGAGAUCCUUCAUGGUGAGAUGUUGGAGGAAGAGAUCCUUCAUGGUGAGAUGUUGGAGGAAGAGAUCCUUCAUGGUGAGAUGUUGGAGGAAGAGAUCCUUCAUGGUGAGAUGUUGGAGGAGGAGAUCCUUCAUGGUGAGAUGUUGGAGGAAGAGAUCCUUCAUGGUGAGAUGUUGGAGGAAGAGAUCCUUCAUGGUGAAAUGUUGGAGGAGGAGAUCCUUCAUGGUGAAAUGUUGGAGGAGGAGAUCCUUCAUGGUGAAAUGUUGGAGGAGGAGAUCCUUCAUGGUGAAAUGUUGGAGGAGGAGAUCCUUCAUGGUGAAAUGUUGGAGGAGGAGAUCCUUCAUGGUGAGAUGUUGGAGGAAGAGAUCCUUCAUGGUGAAAUGUUGGAGGAGAAGAUCCUUCAUGGUGAGAUGUUGGAGGAAGAGAUCCUUCAUGGUGAGAUGUUGGAGGAAGAGAUCCUUCAUGGUGAGAUGUUGGAGGAGGAGAUCCUUCAUGGUGAGAUGUUGGAGGAAGAGGUCCUUCAUGGUGAGAUGUUGGAGGAAGAGGUCCUUCAUGGUGAGAUGUUGGAGGAAGAGAUCCUUCAUGGUGAGAUGUUGGAGGAGGAGAUCCUUCAUGGUGAGAUGUUGGAGGAGGAGAUCCUUCAUGGUGAAAUGUUGGAGGAGGAGAUCCUUCAUGGUGAAAUGUUGGAGGAGGAGAUCCUUCAUGGUGAAAUGUUGGAGGAGGAGAUCCUUCAUGGUGAAAUGUUGGAGGAAGAGAUCCUUCAUGGUGAAAUGUUGGAGGAGGAGAUCCUUCAUGGUGAGAUGUUGGAGGAAGAGAUCCUUCAUGGUGAGAUGUUGGAGGAAGAGAUCCUUCAUGGUGAAAUGUUGGAGGAGGAGAUCCUUCAUGGUGAAAUGUUGGAGGAGGAGAUCCUUCAUGGUGAGAUGUUGGAGGAAGAGAUCCUUCAUGGUGAGAUGUUGGAGGAAGAGAUCCUUCAUGGUGAAAUGUUGGAGGAGGAGAUCCUUCAUGGUGAAAUGUUGGAGGAGGAGAUCCUUCAUGGUGAAAUGUUGGAGGAGGAGAUCCUUCAUGGUGAAAUGUUGGAGGAGGAGAUCCUUCAUGGUGAAAUGUUGGAGGAGGAGAUCCUUCAUGGUGAAAUGUUGGAGGAGGAGAUCCUUCAUGGUGAGAUGUUGAAGGAGGAGAUCCUUCAUGGUGAGAUGUUGGAGGAGGAGAGGGUUUCAUAGCGAGAUGUUGAAGGAG